AUGGAGUCAAUCUUGUUGACUAAAGAAGAGUACUUUAAUUUGAUUGAAGAAGUCAAUGUUGCACUAGGAGCUGAGAAGAAGACGUUCCGGCAGUAUUACGUUCUUGGGAAGUAUGAGAUCGUGCAGUGUGGUGACCAGGGUUAUGCAAGGUGUAACUGUUCUACAAAAAUUUCUGCACAAGGAAUUCUGUUCAAUGCGUUCUAUGGCCCGUCAAGACCACCUGACUUGACGUUAUCGUCUACGCCAACAACAUCUACGCCAGCAUCGUCAUCAACACCUCAGUAUCCAACACCGACAUUCGGACCGCAAAUAUCCAGUGACGACCAUGUGGUAUCGACGAUAUACGUCACGACGUCAACUCCAAAAACGACUACAACAUAUAAAACAACUCCGCUGACAUACCUGUACCCAAACACAUCGAUAUCGACUGUAACAAUAACUGCAAUGUUAUCACAGAGUGCAAACCCUACGGAUUUCGAUCAACCUCUUCACACUUCUUUGGGACCAGACAGAAACAGCACACGUAAUUCGACGAGCGUUUGGUUGACGACAUCAUCGACGGCAAGAGUUGUGGAAAAUGCGUCCAAAACGAAUCAACAGUACUACAACGAGGACAAACUGGAUACAUUAGGCGAGGCAAACAUCAUGAUGUUUACCAUAGGCAAUGAUAACACAGGUGGCCUUAUUGCCGGCUCUGUCGUGGCAGUAAUCAUUCUUCUGCUGGCCUGCAUAGCUGUGUGUAUAUUUGUUGGGCAUCGUAGAAAUGAAGUGAGACCAGAAGAUGACGAUGGCAGCGUGUACGUCAACCAUUAUGUGACAGCUCCACCGAUUGUUUACAAGCUUUAAUGUCACAAGUAAAGUCAACUGUUAUGUUCACUGGAACAAUGUUUUGCUGAGUGUGAAGAUAGGGAUUCAAGGUGACUGAGUGAAGUACAGGAAUACGCAAAGAAGAAUAUACCUUGAAACAAACACAUUUUCACCUUAAGAACAUUUUGUACACAUAAACAAUAAUUAACA